AUUUUUCUUUCUUCAAACCCUAUUUUAGAAAAUACUUUUAAUUCUAUUUAUAUGAUCGAUUUUUCAACCUGAUGUGUAAUUGAUUUCUAAAAUGGAGCUGGAAGUGGAUACAGUCAGACAAAAGGAGAGUAAUAAUGUGACAAAUUUCCCAGUGUCAGAUGAUUCUCAAAAUUUACAAGAAUUCCCCGGUAAUUUAAAGGGAAAUGAAUCAAAAUCAGCCUCCGACCAAGACGUUUACGAGGCUGACUUUUCAACUAUGGGCUCAGAUUCAUCUUUAUAUAAUGAAUUUGACGAAUCCGGACAAGUUCCUGAAAACUUUAACGUAAAUCCUAAAAAUGAUUCUAAUCUUGAUAAUUCUUCAAAUCUCCUAAUGUGUAACCUAAAUUCACAUCAACACCAACAUGUUGAGAAUCAUACCAGUUUUGCCACUAAAAAUGAUACCAAUUUUGAGAAUAAUUAUGAUACUAAUUUUGAUGCUAAGGAUUAUCCUACUUUUGAGAAUGCUUAUGAUACUAAAAAUGACACUAGUGAUGAUACUAAUUUCAACACUAAAGACGGUAAUUUUGAUGAUAAGAUUGAUACUGAAUAUCAGGAUAAAGAUGACAGCGAACCUGAUGUUUUAUUGAAUAUGAAUAAUGAAGAUGAAAAGUUACCUGAAGGAUGGGUAAGGUGCGGUAAUGGUUUAAAAACUGAGUUUCCGAACACUCCAAAAAACCAUUUGGAGGAUAAUCUUGAGUCCAGUAAUCUGUUUCUCGACUUUACUAACAGUCAAUCAAACUUUAGGCCAUGCAAUUCAGUGAAAAAUUCACUGAUGUCCUUCGAUCGGAGUGCAGUGAAGGAACUUAAAGGAGGUUUUGUUGCAAUAAAGGCUUCCAAACCUCUAUCUGAUAAAUCAUUAUACUCUAAAUCUAGGGAUCACCAUACUCCAAGGGACUAUAACCUUUCAAAUGUAAGAACUAAUAACCGAAACCCCAAGGUUAGGGGAACUAGCCUUGUCACUUCUCAUCAUUAUGGGAGAAAUAACACUUAUUUAAACUCUACAAAUGAUGAGUUUGGCAAUCUUAAAUCCCAAAAUGACUCUGAAUAUAAGAAGAACCUUAUGGUUCAAGUGGAACAGCUUGUAAGAAAAUAUCGACAACUUGCUAUCGAUGCUGUUAAUGCAGCUAGGGAUGAACAGAAAAGGUGUAAAGAGGAGUGUCAAAAAGCUUAUUCAACUGCCUAUAAUGCAUGCCUUAAGUAUGAACAGGAUUUAAAAAACACUGUUAAGUUUGCCCUUAAGGAGUACCAUCACAAUAGUAGAGAUGAGUACUGGUCUACGCCAGCCCAUAGAAACGAGUUUUCUGAGACUAACCAGACCCUUAGAAGCAAUCCCAAAGAUGAGAGGGUGGUUAACCACCGGCUUCUCAAGCAGGACCUGUGUUACAAUUAUGAAGUUGACGAAUCAUUUCUAACUGACUUUGAGAACAAGGUGUUUGAGAAAUUCAACUCCUUUGUUAAUCAUCAAGCCUUGAAUUUAGAGGAACUUCAUAAAUUCAACAAGCAGGACUCCAUCAAAUUUGUACAAUCCCUUAUUUCAAGCAAAUUAACUAACUUUUAA